UAGAAAUGCAGUUAAUGUCUGUUCCUUGUCCGUUGUCAUUGACAUAACGAAAUGCUUUUAUUUUUUAUAUAUUUUAUUUUCCUGCCGUCCUACCACCGUAUGCCAGCAGGGGGCAGUGUAGACCAAGCUCUGCUUGGUUGACGGUUGCCCAGUGCAUUUCCAUCAUCAACCAUCAGAGACGCAUCACGGAUCUAAACGGCAUUCGAAGUGUUUCACUGCAUUACAUUAGAGCUAGUCAAACAAGCGAGGCGGCCCCUCGGAUUCGCUGAUUAUGUUAAAUCUAAAUUAGCAGCGGACAUAAUUUGAAUAUGAGCUUUCUCUCGGGAGAGCGAGAUGACAGAUCGAGAUGGGUCUCGCUAAUGAGGCAAAUCCGUAUUAAUUUAGUCGGUAAUUAGGCCGUCGAGUUGCUGUCUUCACACACACACACACACACACACACACACACACCAAGAGCGUUAGCGGCUAGAAGCAGUCAGGCUUAAAUCACCCAUAACAACGAAUAAUCCUUCUGGGUAUUUUGUAUAGGCUACGGCCAAUAUGUCUCUCACCCACUCUCCCUGUUCAAUGCUUUCCCACUCUCUUCUGCCCUUCAUAUCUCAAAUCUAUGAGUGAGCGAGAUAGAUGCAGCCAAUGGAAUAUGUAUUCCUCCACCGGAUGAAGGGCGCCAUGGCCUCUUGUUGAAUAGAUGUUAUUCACUUCUUCUCUUUCUAAAGAGUUCUCCUAUACGUGUGUGUGUGUGUGUGUGUGUGUGUGUGUGUGUGUAUGUGUGCACUUGACUUUACAGGUGGAAGACAGACUAUCAAGUAGUUUUGGGAAUCUGCCCGGCAGUAAUAGCCCCGUGACAUAAUCCAAUAUCGUUUCAUUUAAAGAUAAGGAGAGCUGAAAUAAGGCCUAUUUCAACUGCUACAGGGACAAUCUUCCGGUUCUCCUUUGUGUUCCUACGGGAUACUUUCAGAAGACGUUUCCUUGUCCAUGUUACGUGUGUGUGGGGGGUGGGGGGCACUGAUGUACUUUGAGGAAUUCAAUACCUGCCAAAAUGUAAUGAAAAACUAAGAAUCAAUACAAUGUCAUCGCAUCUGGCCUGGCGUUCCACGCUGAGGGGGAAGAGGAGGAUGAGCAGCGACAGGGCGGCUGUUCCAGGGUGAUGGUCAGUUCUUCAGGGUUACAGGGGAAUCGAACAAACACGGGUGCUUUACAGCCGCCGUUAUCCUGUCACUCUUAACCAAGGGUCGACAUCCCAGAGGCUCCCUAACGACGGGGACUCAACCGGACUCAACCGGACUCGGCACCACUAGCCCGGACACCCUUCACCUCCCACCUACCAUCACGUGCUUGUUUAUUUUUUAUUUUGUUGGUCCAACGUCGCUGCUGAUGUCCUUGUGUUCCCUCGUGACUGUGCAAAUAGUUGAUAUUCAGCUCACUCCGACCUCCGAGAUUCAAGGAGGCACGUUUGGCACGCUCCUCAUUUCAAACAGGCUUUGAUUAGUGUGGCAUCUUUCACUCAAUGUGUUUUUCCUCUCUCUUUCUAUUGCUCUCGCUCUCUCUCGCUCUCCCUUGCCCUUCCUCUCGAUCUCAAGUUUUCCCUAAUAACAGGUGAAUUUCCUCAUAUCACUUCCACCGGAUUAGUGAAGAUCAAAGAGUGUGUUUUGUGUGUGUGUGUUUCCAGAAGAGUGUGGGUGUGUGUGUGUGAGCGGGAGCGGUUGAGAGUAUGUGUGGGAGGCUGUGUGUGGGAGACUGUGGGUCCAUAUGAGAGAGAGUGUGUCUGCUCUAGCUUGUUUGAGUACUCAGAGUGUAUGAGGAAUAUGUAGGGAUUGAGAUGGUGAAAGCUUUCAGGUACAGAGUUAACAGACGGCACGUCUACCAGAGAUGCUCUAGCUCAUCUAGACAUUUUAGCCAGUGUAGGAGACGCGCCACAUGUGUAAUCAAGGACCAUUAAUCUCAGCUACUUUCUCAUCGGUAAAUAUUAAUAUUUCAACUGUGUCUGAUUUGUUUGUGUCCAAGCAGGUUUGUGUGUGUGUAUGUGUUUGCAUGCACAACUUCAUUCAGGUGUGUGUGCAUCCACACAUCUUCACGCUAGUGUGUGUGUGUGCCUGUGUGUGUGUGUGUGUGUGUGUGUGUGCGUGUGUUCCUGCUAGUGUGUGACCUCAUGGCCGUGUGUAUGCUCAUGUGACGGUAACAAGGCGGAGGAUAUAUGUGGAGGUGCGAGUGUCUCCUCUCUCCACACAGACCCCGAGGAGCAGCUGGUCCAUAGAGGAGUCCCUCUUCUGGAGUCAACCCAACGCACAAUUUGGACUUUCUUAUCCACUGCAUCGCCGCUACGAGCUAGAAUAGCUUACCGAGAGGGACGAGGCCCAUGGAGACAGACCUGUAGGCCAAGACCACCAAAGAGCUGCCAAAUAUAAGACCUAGCCAAAUCAAGAACUACAUGGCUAAAGCCAUACCCCAACGAUAACUUCUGGACCUCAAGACCUAACCAAACAGUCUUCACCGCUACAGACCUAACCAAAUCAAGUCUUUUAUAGCUGUAGACCUAGCCAAACCAAGUCUUUCAUAGCUACAUACCUAGCCAAACCAAGAUUACAAAAGCUACAGACCUACAUAAACCAAGUCUAUCAUAGCUAUAGAUCUAGCCAAACCAAGUCUUUCAUAGCUACAGACCUAGCCAAACCAAGAAUACUACAGCUAUGGACCUAGCCAAACCAAGACUCCCCCAACCAUAGACCUAGCCAAACCAAGUUUUUCCCGAGCUAUAAACCUAGCUGAACAAUGAUUUCAACAGUUACAGCCAACACUUAGCCAAACCAAGUGUUUCAUGGCUAUAAAACCUAACUUCACCAAGACUUGCACAGCUACACACCUAGCCAACCCAAGUCUGCCAGACUUAGCCAGGCUUUCAUAAUUAAGCACCAGAUCUACCAUCCACCUCAUCACCUUCCGACCUACCCCCCCAUACGUCUAAUUCUAUCACCCAAGAUAAUGCCCGCCAUCGUCAACCUGCUGUUCAACACCAUCUCCACCAACACCACCAUCGCCUUCACCCUGGUGCUGCCCCUGGUCAGCGUGCUGUCCCUGCUGGUGGGCGUCGGUGGGCACAUGCUCCUGUGGCUGGUCCUGAUGAGGAACCCGCGGCGGCGCUCCAAGCCCAGCUCGGUGCUGCUGCUGAACCUGAGCCUGGCCGACCUGGGCGCCCUGCUCACGCUGCCCUGCGUCAUCCUCAGCGCCAGCUCCCAGGACUGGCAGCUAGGGGGCACCACCUGCGUGCUGCUGGGGUUCAUGACCUCGCUGACGGCCGGCGUGGACAUCUUCAGCCUGGCGGCGCUGUCGGUGCUGCGGCAUCGCAUCGUGGCGCUGCCCACGCGGGCGCCCACCACACCCACGCACGUGGCGGUGACCAUCACGCUCAUCUGGCUGGUGUCCGUCGCCAUGGCGCUGCCGAAGGUCACCUACAUCGAGUUCAGCGGCGGGUGCACGUGGUCGGUGGAGCGCGCCCAGUGGCUGGGCUUCCUGGUGCCGGCCUUCCUGGUGUACUACGUGGCGCCGCUGCUCUGCAUCGCCGUCAACUGUAGCUCCAUCGUGCUACGACUGCACCGCUGCACGGGCGGCCGGCCCUCCGCCGACCGCCGCAACAAGAAGGCCACCGCGCUGCUGGUGGCGUCCACGCUGGCCUUCGCCGUCAGCUGGCUGCCCUACUACGCCCUGGAGUUUGUCAACGUGACGUCGCCGCACGUCUGCUCGGCCGCCUCGCCCAAAGACCCCUUCGGCCCCUCGCAGUGCGGCCCCUCCAACGUCACGUCGUCGUCGCCUUCGUGGCCGCCGCUGCCGUCGUCGUCGUGGCCGCAGUCGUCGACCUCGCCGAUUCCGGAGCAGGAAGCGGAGACGACGGUGUCCCUGCUGUGGGAGGUGGGGUCCCUGACGGCCAUUCUGUUGGUGUGCCUGGCGCCGUGCUGGAACCCGCCGCUCUACUUCCUGUUGUCCCGGCCGGCGGUGCGCGAGCUUCAAGGCCUGAUGCCGGCGUGGCUACGCGAGCGCCUCGAGGGCGACGGGAAGGCGUCGAGGAGGUGGCGUGUGGCGCCCGCUAGCCCGCCAGCGCUACAACCGGCACCGCGGCCGCCGCAGUCGCCGCCACCACAAACCCGGCCCCCAGCGCCGCGGACGCCAUUGGCUCAUAGGUUGAUCCAAUAAAAUGACCUCACACACAAAAAACGUCCAUUGAAUUAUGAAACCAAUUAAUUUAAUAUACGGUUACAACAUACCAUGAUGGUAUUGUCUGUUAUAAUAAUAUAUAAUAUACAGUUAUACUUUAAUUGUAUAUUAAAGGCAUCCAAAAUGGCUUCCAUGUGAACCAUUUGGCAAAAACCCAUAGCUGUCCAGCCGCUACCCUUUAGCUUUUAUGGGACCGGUCAGAUUGGAGAGGAAAAUAUUCACAUCCACAAAAGACUUGGUGGCUCUUUACGACAAAGGACAGCGGGCUAUAAACGGGCACGCAUCCAGGGUAAUAAAAGUGUGUCCAGGCUAGAGUCUGAGAUCAGAACACCGGAGUCACCCAGCAACUCUUAUUUCUUCCCUUCGGGAGCCUUCUGGUGAAUUUGGACAGACAUAAGAGGGAAUUUAUAGCAGCUGCUCACCAUUAUGUUUGCGAAAACAGAGUAGAGUGCAGGGUUAAUGCGUUUCGGCUUCCAAGCCUAAUGUGCUAUGGAAAGAGACACGGUAAGGACUUGGGCUGGAUUUUUAUGUCUGCAGGUGACCUGUCGUCAUUCUUGAGCGAAGAUGGCCCUAACUCCAGGCAGCACAUCGAUGACCUGUGUCUCACUGUAAGUGGCUCUCCAUAAAAGCUCCUGGAGUGACAUG